AGUUAGAUAGAAGAUACACUAGCCACAGUCGAAAGCCACAUGUGGCGUCAAUCAUUCGACGCCUCAGGCAGCUACGAGCUGCGCACGAUUGACGUCCAGCCAGUGUACGCAGCUCUCGGGCUGCCUGGUGCUUGGAGCUCCAGCCAGCCAGAGGACUCGUAGACCACAAUCCUCGCCAUCGUCAUCUUGCCCAUCCAACGCCGCCAGUUUCUUGACACCCGAUUCCCAGCGUCGCCAAGGAUUGGAAAAUAAGUCAACGCUGCUAGAAACAUCUCAAAUUAAAUCCAAUUCAUCGCGAAGAUGACGUCGAUAGGAACCGGUUACGAUCUUCUUAAUUCCAUCUUCUCCCCCGAUGGCCGCAAUUUCCAGGUCGAAUAUGCUGUCAAGGCCGUAGAGAAUGGAGGCACGUCGAUUGGUAUCCGCUGCAAGGACGGUGUCGUCCUUGCCGUUGAAAAGGUCGUCACAUCAAAGCUGCUUAAGCCUGGGGCCAACAAGCGCAUUGCUUCAGUAGACAGCCAUGCUGGCGUCGUAUACUCAGGUAUGAUCCCCGACGGACGCCACUUUGUCGACCGCGCCCGCGACGAAUCUCAGAGCUGGAGACAAAACUUUAAAACACCCAUCCCGAUGGCUGAUCUUGCUUCUCGUAUGGGUGGCUAUCUCCAAGCGUACACCAUGUACGGCUCGGUCCGACCCUUUGGCAUUACAGCUAUCAUCGGCGGUGUCGACACUUCCGAAGAGACACCAGUAGACGGCGAGGUUGGUUCUGGUCCCGCAUGCGGUGCUGGCGGCAAAGUCCCUGGUAAACACGGCGGCCCGUUUCUCUAUAUGAUUGAACCCAGUGGUAUGUACUGGGGCUACCACGGCGCCGCGACGGGCAAGGGCCGUCAGGCCGCCAAGGCUGAGCUGGAGAAGCUGGAUCUCGCUUCCGGUAACAUGACACUGGAAGAGGGAGUGAAGCAGGCCGCCCGAAUCAUCUACGUGGCACAGAAGGACAACAAGGACAAGGACUUCGAGCUUGAGAUGACGUGGAUCUCUGGUGUUGAUGGUCCAACCAAAGGCAGACAUGUAGAGGUGCCGAAGGAGUUGAGAGAAGAAGCUGAAAGAUUAGCAAAGGCUGAAGACGAAUCGGAUGAUGAUGAGGAGGAUGAGGAUGAGAAGAAAGAUGAUGAUAAGAUGGAGGAGUAGAAGUGAUCUUCAUUUAACGUCCACACAAGAAUAAAAAAUAGGCAAUCUGUGUAUUAUUACGAUCAACUACGUGCAUGGUGCUGUCGAUAUUAACGCAGCCAUACUGUAAGUAAAGUAUGCACUAGUAGUAUAGGAGUUCAUAAUCUAUCGAAUGCACUAUAGAAUUGUCAACAUCCAAGAUAGCUAACAUUAUACUACUUUUCUGGUCUAUACUAUACAAAUGUCUUGUGCCCACAAAAAGUACAUGUUUCGUUUUACGAAGAACGAGCCUGCGAAGCAUGAUUUUGACACCAGUUAUUCCAGUCCGCAAAAAAGGAGCUUUGCAGCUGUGCUUCACCAAGCACCCACCGCGACUGCGUACUGGCAUACAACGCAGCAACUUGUUUGAUGCUGGCUGCAUCAGCAGCAUACAUGGCUGAGGCAAGGAUCAAACUUGCGGCGCUGGCUGCCUUGGUGUAUGCGUGCGAGUUGUCUUGGCCAGCAGCGUCGUGGAUCUCGAUGAGAAGAGCGGGCAAGUCCGUUUCAUUGUUAGAGUCCAUGGCAUCUUUGCUAUUGCGACCCUUCUUGAGCCCUCGCUGGUAGUUGAGAAUAGUCUCGCAAGCGCGGGUCGCAAGUGCCUUUGUGUUUGUGGUGCGCAUCAGAUUGAGGAGCGGCGAUAGCACUGCAAAUGCGAGAGGCGAGAGAGCCUCAUUCUUGACAUAGAUGUCGAGGAGGUCAAGAAUACGGUGCUUAAAGUUGACGACGGAUUGUUUAGCAUCUUUCUUUUGCUUCUUGGUAUCGGGCUUUGCUUUGACACGAUUCUUAAACACCUCUGAAAGCUUCUCAUCUAGAGCAAGCAUUUCGGAGUCGGACAUGUCACCAUCUGAAGCCGACGAGAUGGCAUCCAUGUCUUUGUCCAACCGGUGACUUCUGAGAAUGCUUCCAACGAGAUCGUCAAGUUCUAUCGGGCCGUCUUCAUUAGAGGCAUCCGCUGCUUCCUCAUUAUCGUCAUCAUCGUCCUGAUCGUCACUCUCCGAGUCUUCAUGAUCGUCCGCUUCUUCUUCGUCGAGGUUUACGAAUUCUACAUCGGACCCGAUGUCAAUAUCAGAAACAUCGUCGAGAUCAACAACAUUGUGGUCGUCUUCAUCGGCAUGCUCUUCAUCGUCGUCAUCUUCCUCUCCGGAUACCGCCUCAUCAAUGUCCAUGCCGUCCUCUUCUGUGUUGAACAAUUCACGCUGGCCUUUGGUGCUUUCCCCAGAGGCCAGUGGAUCAGUUAACAAAGAGAGGCCAUCGGCAGUAAUUUGGGAAGUAAAUGACUCAAAGACUUGUUGAGAGACUUGUCUCAUAAGAGAAGAAGGACGCGCGACCAUGGCGAGGAGAAUCUCAACCAAGAGCUCGGAACUUCCGGUACUCUUAUCGCCCGCUUUGAGUCUGGUAUCAUAUUGCUCCAAGUCUUGAAGGGCUUGGAAGGCAUCUGGAUCCUCGUUAUACAGCUGGAAGAUAGAAAUUGCGUGCAAGGUCGCUAAACCUUGAGCAAGACUGUGGUCAGCUUCUGUUUUUGAUUUUCUCUUUAACAGCCUUUGCAUGCGGGCGAGUGCGUCCUGAGCCGCUUCCUUUACAUCCUCUUCCAUUGGAACGGACGUUGCGUCAAUUGCACCAAUAGCAUUACAGAAUGUUGAAAGGUCGUCAGCACCACGUGUGAGCUUGGCUAGGCUAGAUUCCAGCCGUGAACGACACUGUUCACGAAUUUGGUCCGUUAGUAUAGCUGCGGGUAUUUCUUCUGGCUUUGAAUAGGCAACCCUUGAUAAUUCUUGGAGGAAGAGGCCGUAUGAAGACAAUGAGCCGGUCUUUUUAUCGUCAUCUUUCUUUGGUGUCGUAGCAGCACUCAGUGCUUUCCCUAGGUAAUCAACAUAACAACGGAGAGAUGCACGGGAUUGUGCUUCAUCAUCUCCAUCGAGAGAGGAGAUUAGUUUUUGUAGAGCACUGAGAACUUUCUUCUCGUUGGUUUCGUUUAUGUUCUGGAGAAGCUUAUCUAUCGUUUUUGUCGAUGUUCGCUGAUCAAAGUUAUAGGCGCCGAACUUGCCAAGCAGGUUUUGGAGUAUUGUUGGUAGAAUAUCUGGAAAAGCUGUAGCUUUUAAUUCAAUACACUUAAGCGACUUAAUAGCAGCUCUGUGCAGAUAGCGAUCUUCUUUGGCAGCUUGGUUCAUGAGACAAGUCAUGAAGUUUUUGCCAAACAGCUUAUUAAUUUUUGUCUUUUGGGAUUCAAGGCCUUCCAACAUCAUUUGGAAAAUCAUAAAUCCUUUGAACUUCUGUCCAUCAGUAGCAGUCUUGGUGAAAAGGCUGUCAUCAACCACUCGGCCCCAGAAUUGGUCAAAGUCGUCUGUCGAUUCUUCCUCUUUGCCAUAAUGCUGAAGCAGCAGGUUCCAAACAAAAGGCAACUGGGCGCUCCAGCUGCCUUGUUUAUUUCCUUUUUCGGCAGUGUCACUCGUAGUCUCACUGAAAUUCUCUUUGAGGACUACAGACAAGUCACCAAAUGAUUUGGCUGCUAGAGGGUGUUUCCAAGGCUUGACCUUCAAGUCCUUGUAUUUCUUCAGGGCGACAAUCCAGAUUGCAACUCCUUCAGGAGUCUUCGCCAUGUUAGCCUCCGCAACACUUCUAAGUGUAUUUUCGGCGACUUGUUCUGACAUCUGCUCAAUGGCUUCAACAAUGAUCCAACCGCACUGAGAGCGAAGCCAAACCUUCUUCGAAGCAAGGCGCAGGAUUGAAUCCAGUACAUUAUUCCAUCUAGACGGAGACGAAAAGAGAAUAUGGGAUCGAACAAAACAUUCGAUACCAAAGAGUUGUCCAAAGUAGUGGUCUCGUUCUUCUUGGCCAGGAAUAUUCCCUUCGGGUUGUGUCUUGUCUUUGAGGAAACCCAGAACAAUCUCAAAAGUCAACUCUGGAUACCUGGUCGCCGCAAUAUUAUCCUUACCAAACAAUUGGGUUAGGAUUUCGGUUAUUACUAGACUGAAGCCGAGCCUAGAAGCGUUACGGCCACUGGCAAGGCCUCGGAAGAGACGUCGGUUGAGAUGUCGAACAAGUACGGCUUCGGAGACGGGCUCUUCGCCGAAUAAGGACGAUAUAAUGCAAUCGGCAGCUGCAAUUCGAUCGGACUCUUCUUCACUGCCCAGAAGGUCAUACAGCGAAGCCUCUCGCCGGCGCUCAUCGCCAAUGGGAGAUUCGACGAACGGCUUCUUAACCAGCGUUGGGAUAGAAGGGCCGAUAUUGGCUUUGGCUCUCUUCUGGUUCUUGGUCUUUAGGGGUGCACCAUCUUUGCCACCUCUCUUUCUUUUGUUGGUCAUUUUAUAACAAUUCGUAGACCAG